CAGUCUGCACUUCAUUUCGAGUAGCAAGCCCGGGGUGCGAACAAUUUGUGGACUCAGCCGCUGUUCACUUCGAAAAAGUCGCAGAGAUUUUUGUUGCCACAUAUGCUGCCAGGGACUAUUUCUCUCUGGAUAUUACUCUCUCAAAGUGUGUGGUUUUGUCAGCAUUAACGUUUUUUAACGCAUACGGAAAAAAUUUUCGCAAUUGCCUCCGUUGAGCACACGGUCGUCAAUAUGCCGCUAAAUUCAAGUUUGGCGAGUAAAAACUACGACUACGAAUAUGACAUGGUUCAGCCGUACUUCUAUUUUGAAAACGACGAUGAGGAUUUCUAUCACCAACAACAGGGACAGCUUCAACCGCCCGCUCCCAGCGAGGACAUUUGGAAGAAAUUCGAACUGCUGCCCACUCCGCCUCUGUCACCAAGCCGACGGCCCUCGCUCUCCAGCCUCUACCCAUCAACAGCAGAUCAGCUAGAGAUGGUGUCAGAGUUUCUCGGGGACGACGUUGUCAACCAGAGUUUUAUCUGCGAUGCAGACAGCUCAAAGUCUAUCAUUAUCCAGGACUGCAUGUGGAGCGGCUUUUCCGCUGCCGCCAAGUUGGAGAAAGUGGUUUCCGAAAGACUUGCAUCGCUCCAGGCUGCUAGGAGAGAGUCCUCGACUAGCGAGACCACGGAUAGCAGCCUAAGUCGAUUGAAUGCGAACUAUUUGCAAGACCUCAACACCUCUGCUUCGGAAUGCAUUGAUCCUUCGGUGGUCUUUCCUUAUCCGCUGACCGAAAAUCCCAAACCCAGCAAGGUGACACCGUUAACGACUUUGACAAUGGACACUCCUCCCAACAGCGGUAGUAGCAGCGGUAGUGAUUCAGAGGAGGAUGAUGAGGAUGAUGAUGAUGAGGAGGAGGAGGAAGAAGAGGAGGAGGAUGAGGAAGAUGAUGAGGAGAUUGAUGUAGUGACCGUGGAGAGGCGCCAAGCCGUAAGGCGGAGUGACUCUGACCCCACAAACUCACGCCAGCACAGCCCCCUGGUGCUCAAGCGCUGCCACGUCUCCACCCAUCAGCACAACUACGCUGCAUCGCCCUCCACCCGUCACGAGCAACCUGCCGUCAAGCGCCUGCGCCUGGAGCCGGUCGUCACCAGCAACAGCAGCAGACCUGGGCGGCAGUCGGGCAGCAGCCGCAAGUGCUCGAGUCCACGGACGUCGGACUCUGAGGAUAACGACAAGCGCAGGACUCACAACGUGCUGGAGCGUCAGCGGCGCAACGAACUCAAGAUGAGCUUUUUUGCUCUGCGGGACGAGAUCCCCGAGGUGGCCAACAACGAGAAGGCUGCCAAGGUGGUGAUCCUGAAGAAGGCCACAGAGUGCAUCUUCAGCAUGCAGUCGGAUGAGCAGAGGCUCCUGUCCCUUAAAGAACAGCUGAGGAGGAAGGGCGAACAAUUGAGACUUAGGCUGGAACAGCUACGGAACUCUCAUGUAUGAAGUCUAACCUGAGGAAAUAUCAAAACAAACAUUUAAAUGUUCAGUUUUUUUUAUGCAAGUUAAGACUGUUGCUCUGUAUAGAUGUUGCAUGCAAAUGCAAUUUUUUUUUAACUGUCUGAUUUUCAUGUUCAACUGCCCUCAAAGUUUUAAAAGUGGCAAAAUUUAAUGAUUUGUAUUUAAGUCAUUUAUUUUUAUUAAUAAAAUAUAAAAAAUAAGGCUGCCGUUUGUGGGGGCCUUGAAAUAAAUAAUCUGUUUUUUGUACAUAAUGAAUUUAAUAUUUCAUAAGAAAUGUAUUUUUUUGGUCUUGAUCGUGUGAGUGUUCAAUCUUUUGUUUCAUUGUUAUUUCCAUGUUCAAGAAACAGAAAUACAUUUCUCGUUCAACUUAACUCCUGUUGCCUGGAUUCUUGUAUUACUUCCCAUGAGUCUGUCAAACAACUAUAAACAAAUCUAGUUUGCUAGGAUGAUCCAAAACCCACAUGCAUAGGCCAUACAAGGGAAGGGUUUACAUUUUCAAACAAAACAUCUGAGGAUGUGCUCUACAUCAUUCAUACUAUAAGUGUGACUUUGCUUCAUACCAGAAUUGAGUGCAGGAAAACAAAAGCAUUGUCAUCACAAUCUAACCCUUAUGAGAAAUGAUGCAUCAGGCCAGCAGAAUUCGACAUACUCUGCCUGCAAGUACUGCAGGUUUCUUAAUGAUCAAGGCUUGAUGCAAAUGAACACUGGUUGCUGUACAAUCCAAGAUGUCAAUUACCAGACAGUGCUAGUGUGUCCGUGUCACAACAGCAGCAUGAAGUGUAGUCCUAGUGAAGUACAUCCAUAAUACCUCCUCUCUGUACUUCUAACAAAGAUGAGAGAGCACUUGGCAUUCAAGAGACAAAUCUCGGCUGUGCUAUCCUGCCUUAUAAGAUGCACAAGAGUAUAUCCACUGAAGAGGGGGCAUGCUCUUAAAAUAUGCUAAUCAGUUGUUAAAUCUAGAAAGUAAACGGGCGCUCUGGUGUAUAUUUACUCCUAGUGUCUGGUAGUUUUAUUUACCUGAUGUCCCCUGCUGCGUGCAUCAUCAUCUGGUUAACGGAAGAUGAAUUACUAUAUCUAGCGUGUAGACUACAUCUGCCAACCGCACCUACCCACACUGUAGACCCGCAGUAGCGUAUAUAAUACUUAAUUUGUCUUUAAUGACGGUUGUCUGGAUUUUACACCCUCCCUUAUAUGAUAUGACAUGUCAAAGUCGCCUAUGCUGUCAUAAUAUGAACGUGGAGAAGGAUACAGAUUUCAUUUUGAAGCAUAAGCUGCUUGACGUGGUAAAUCACUGCGACUGCAACCACCUCGCCCGUGCCAAUGUCGCUCCUCGAUUUUUAUCAAAGGAACAGCACAUUCGGCAAACCCGACAAAACGAAUCAUAUUACAGACGCUGUACAAGUGCUCUGCGGUCAAACGUGAAUACCCAUACGCUUGAUCUUCCAUUUUAAUUUUGAACGCACGUAUGUAUCCAUUUCUGUGGCACUGUUUUGUUCAGAAACCUUCGCAGUGGAAGCGCUGCAAACCCGUGACGUCACACACUGUAUCUGACUGUAUGCAGAAUGUUCCGCCGAGCGCGUGCUCUGAGCACAUGGAAAAGGGGGUCGAGAUUUAGCGGCUAGGUGAAGUGCAACCAUAAAGCAAUAACUCUACCCCUCAAAAGGAAUAUAAUUUUGCCAUCACGCAUAACAAAGGAAAUGGGUGGAUUAUUGGGCGCCUGAACACCUCCUGUGCAGUUUCAGUGGACGUGAGAGCACCUGUCAAGUCAAUCGAAGAUCAUGCACGGACAAGAAAUGACAAAGAGAGCUGGACACAGUCUCAACCACUGUGACCUAAAGGAACAUGUCAUUAUUGCAUUCAACUUGUGUGUGUGCAAACCCCAUAAAGCACAAUUACCCAGAGCAUUUAUUAAAAGACACUUGUUCCCCUCUUGAUGGGUGACAAGGCCACUCUAGCUAGCAAUUAAGUGAUUUGUGUCUCACCAUGGGAACUUGUCAUCUUAUAAACACAACUAGCUGCUCUAACAAAAGCAGUAGAUUCCAUUCGUGCCACAGUGUGCUUGUGAAAUACUUGAGCGUGAGGCAAAUUCAUACCUGAAGGUGCUGACUGCUGAGGGCCAGGUUUAACUGAUGAGUUCACCUGUACCUUAAAAAUGAACCCACAAGUGAGCUCAGGAGCUCCAAUAAAAGAUUAUGCAAUGAAAACAUCAGUAAAAGUAAGAGCAUUAGAGCUUAAUGGAAUAUCCUUUGUCUAAGGGUUGUCAUUUAAUGAAAGAUCCUGGUGAUGAUGAUGAAGUUGACUUGGUCAGACUGAUGCUAGAGGAUUCAUCUGACACCUUUGGGGUCAAAUAGAAAGUAUCAAUUCAAGUCACACUUUUCUUCAGAAUGCUUUCCUCCGUGAACUCUAAACACUAUACACCCUUUACAGCAAAUUUUAUCUAAUGUGGUUUUCCUUCCACAGGAAAUCCUGUCUUAAAAAGUUAACCCUGAUAGCCACCUUACCUUACUCUGUCAACAUACAAAUCUACUUCUCCAUAGUCUACACUUCAGCUUUCAUUGUACUGCUUAAGUCUAGACGUUGGUGUACCACCACAUUAUAAUGACUAAGUAAUGGACCACAAACCGUUGUUAUCACUAAGUCUAGAUCAGAAGUUUUUCAGCAGGUAGAGGGAGAAGCAGAGGAAUGCAUAGCAGGAUGCCAUAAUCUCCUGGGACUGACAGCACUUCGGUUGUUUUUAGUGAGUGACAGGAGUUUUUGCUGAGAAGCUGUAGUUUCGCAUUCUCUCUAGUUCCUCCUUUCUUUUUGAAUCCUGUGGUUGAUGCUAAGACCCACCCAGGACAGGAUGGGCUCCAUUUGUACAGUACACGCUGAACUUUUUAUUUGCUGCAGUUUUGAAAUGACGCCGCCAUGUCCACAGCACUCGAAGCAGCUGAUCAGGUGAAAGGGCCGCAUUGUGACAGACGAUCUGUCAUCAGUUAGGGUAUUUCUGUCACAGGGCACAUCUAAUCAAACAGCAGAUAAUGGUUUGAAGUGAAAGGGAGAGUUCCUGUGCAGUACGCUACGUAAUGACACCUCUUUAAGUGGAGCGCGUCACAGCAAAGGAAUGCUUUGCCCCAUAACACAGGCAGACAGAGCUUAUGGAAAUACUCCAGUGUGUCCUAUCAUCUCCAUCACGUUUCAGAACUGAAAAUCUGCUUGACAUAUUCAAAAGAACUUCAUCUAGCCUUCCCCUAGAGCUUUGCCUUCCUAGAAUCUAUCCAAUGUGUACAUUCCUCCACUCAGAAGCCAAACCGGGAUCUGGCAUUAUAUAAGUUUGUAUCCGAGCAGUCUUUCAGAUGUCUUGCAGAGGCAGUAAAAACAGAUGGUAGAACACUGGUUUUGGGGAUGACACAUUCCCACAUUCCCACUUCCUGCCGCACUCGUCAUAACGUUCCUUGGAGCAUCCCGCCAAAGAAAAUGUCCUCAGCCGUGACUCAGAAUGAAAAGACGUCAGUUAGGUUGGACAAUUAUGGUUUUAGAACGUUGGCCCUGUGGAACAUCGAUAUUGUGGUCUCCUGCAUUUUUUUUUUUUGGUGCUAUUCAGCUGGAGGCCAUCAGACUAGUGAAAUAUCUACUGAGAUAUGCUACUCUUGGGGGGCACUGUGGCGCGAGCCAAUAAGCCCCCCCCCAUUUACGGGCUACAAUGCCCGCGGGGACACAGGUUCAAUUCCGGCCUGCUGUCGUUUCCCGACCCUCUCCCCACCUCCUCACUCCUCCUCACUUCCUGUCCAAAAUACUUUGCUGUCCUAUCCAAAUAAAGGCUAAAAAGCCCAUGAAUAAAUCUUAAAAAAAAGAUAUGCUACUUGUCCACAGUGGGUCCCUCUGAGUGGUCACAAGUCCUGAAGAUCUGAGCAUGAUUAAACUCACUGAGACAUCCAGGAAGUAAUAUGAACUUCCUUACAAAUGCACUGACUUGAUAGUAUCGUGCUUCUGGAUGUUUCUUAGAUGGUUUUCUCAAUCCUACCACUGAGAACAUUUGACAAUGUGUUAAUGUGUGUUUAAUGUAUUGUAUAUUUUUUUGUGAUGUUAAUGUGGCCCCAGAGCAUGUUGUUUAAAUUCCUCAAGCGAUGAAAAAGAAAAAACAGUCUGUAUCUGAAUAAAGGAAAGAGAUGUGGAAAAUAA